CUUCCUUCCCUCUCUCCGAACCUCAUCAAGUCCUCAACACAACCACCUCUAUCCAUCUCGUAGCUUUGGCAUCUGCUGUCUUCCUUACCACUCUUGUUCAUCAUGGCAUCUAUUGCUCCUAUGAAGUAUUUCUUUCUGCUGGCUAUUUUGCUCUUCACGGUCAUUGCCUGUGCUCAGGAUUCCAUAGACCUGGGCGGCGUUGAUGUGGCAGAUGAAUGGUCAGAAUUUGGGUCACCAGCCUCCAACAUUGAGAUCGAUGAAAUUGACGGAUAUCUCUCCAAACUGGACCACAUCCUCCCCCGCGCUGAAACGGUGACUGUCGUCAGCACCGAUACAAUUUGCUCGUCUGAGCUGGUGCCCACCGCUUUCUCUAGCGGCUCGGUCACCCACCAGACCUCUGCGGCGAUGCCCGGUACUACUUGGACUUCUGUGACCCCUGGAAUUCCCGAGACUUCUGUCUCACCUGGUACUACCAGCACUCCGGUUGGACAGGGUACUACCGUGAUCUCGGGGAAUCAGGGUACCACUUUGACGUCCGCUGUGGCCCCGACUGCUUUCCCCUCGCCAUCCGCCUCGACUGUGAGCCCUCCAGUAUCCUCAGGGGCACACAGCGUGACCCACAGUCCAGAGCCCUCUUCUAUGGAGCCCUCUACCAAACACUCAACGACCAAUGGUCCCACUACAACUGCCCCGAGAUCCAGUCACACCUCCGCGCCUGCGCCGGCUCCCAACGCCGCGACGGCCCAAGGGCGUGUCGACAUGACUUGCCUGGCAAUUGCAGCACUGUUCAUCGGACUACAGUUUGUCUAGUCAUUUCAUUAUUGUCUAUGAGAUCUCGUCCGCUUCUAUGUUGAACUCCACAUCUGGAAGCUAGCAUUACAAGAAUUCCUUGACGGCCUCCAGUAUGCAUAGUUCGUGUGCUGCAUUUAUUUCUGUGAGCUAUUUGUCCAAGUUGCUUCGAGUCGUUGGGCUGUCACAAUACGUCCUGGUCUUGCGGUUGCGGUGUUAAUGCGACUAGUCCGCACUCGACUUAAUGAGUUGGUGGAAGUAUUCAGGCUCCGAGAGCUUCAUAAUCAAAUUCAUGACUCAUACUCCAG